AUGAAUAAUUUUACCUACGUGAUCGGGGUUGAUGUUGGAGGAACUAACACAGAUGCAGUUCUUUUACGUAUUCAGUCCGACAAUGCUCCAAUUGUUGUAACUUGGACUAAAUCUGUAACAACUCCUGACGUUUCGACUGGGUUGAUAACUGCGUUAGAAAAAGUUUAUAGCCAAGGAAAAGAAAAAUGUGGGAUGGAUUUGGUUGUUUCAGCCAUUAUGCUAGGCACAACUCAUUUCGUUAAUGCUGUUUUACAACGCAAAGGGUUAGCUAAAGUUUGUACAAUUCGCUUAUGUGGCUUGGCGACACAUUCGCUGAAACCAAUGACACACUGGCCACUUGAUUUAAGGGAACAGGUUGAUCCUAACCUAACCUAUAGGUUAGGAUUAGGUUGUGAAAUUUUUUAUAGGUUAGGUUAUAGGUUGCCAAAUAUCGGCAACCUGCAGGGCUCUGCUUGGCAACGAAAGAUGACAGAGAGAUCGCGCUUUAGUCAUUUUGUACACCUUAUUGCAUCUUGUAACCAACAGAGAACCGAGAACUCGGAUCUGCAUACGGUUUACCUCAUCCAUCCUGGUAUUAUUGUGAGUACCAAAAAUUGUCCUAUAACGACUCCUAUGUUUAAAAGAUGUCACAGAUAGUGUGCGACGACCAUCUCACUGUCAUUCAUGGUACUUUGUUUUAUUCGCUCAAUCUGCAUAUUUACUUAAGAUUAAUAAAAAAUAUCUUUGCAAAAUUUCUGGAAAAAUAUUUCUAGCAUCGAAGUAUCCACUGUAAAGUUUUAAUGUGUUUAUUAAAUCCCAUGAUAUGGUGUAUAUGAAAUAGAGUAUACCUCGAUAUUCCACAGCUGUCUAGAUCGUUUCAACUAAAUUAUAAAUUUCCUAAUUUUCUGUAAAAAUAAUCAGAAAUGAAUAAUUCCGAUUGAUAUAGGUUUUCAAUAACUUUGGAUGUUUUUCUGAGAAAAAGAAACAUUACCACGGGAUGAUAGAAAACCUAACUCGAUGUGUCUAUGUACUUAACUAAUACAAAAAAAGCAGUUCUACUACUCCUAAGAAAAUCGAUCUCAUUCGCAACCCAUGAAAGACAGUGAGAUAGUUGUUGCAGACUAUCUGUGACAUCUUUUAAACAUAGAACUAGUGGCGUAGACA